UCAGAGCUCAAAAGCUCCUCUCUCUCUCUCUCUCUCUCUCUCUCUCUCUGGGAAGUGAAUCUCACACAUUUUCCGAUAAAACCGCAUCGCCGGAGGUUACUGAGCUUCGAAGAGUUGCCGGCGAGCUUUUCCGACAAUGUGUAACUCACGCGGUGGCGCGCUUUUUCAUCUUCUACUUCACUCAGUAGUAGUGGCUCUGGUCUCUGCGCAGGGAUCUAACAAGACCAGUGUCUGGCUUACACUUAGUGGUAAACCGCCUUUGGUCAUUGCACGUGGUGGGUUUUCGGGGCUAUUUCCUGAUUCUAGUUCAUAUGCCUAUAUUUUGGCACAGCAGGUUAGUGUGCCCUCUGUGAUCUUUUGGUGUGAUGUGCAAUUGACGAAGGAUGGUGCCGGGAUUUGUGUGCCAGAUGUGAAGCUCGAAAACUCUACCGACAUUUCACUUAUUUUCAAAGGCAGGGAUAAGGUUUACCUUGUUAAUGGAGUCCCCACCGGAGGCUUCUUUUCUGUGGAUUUCACUCUCAAGGAGCUAGCAAAUGUUGUCUUAACUCAAGGUGUCUAUUCUCGAACUAAUAAGUUUGAUGGCAAUGGCUUCCCAAUUCUCACUGUUCAAGAUGUGGCUACAACAUUUAAACCACAAGGCUUAUGGUUGAACAUUCAGCAUGACCAAUUCUUCACACAACACAAUUUGACUAUGAGAAGCUAUGUACUUUCUGUGUCAAGACGUGUAAUUGUUAGUUAUAUUUCAUCACCAGAGUUGGAAUUCCUAAGAAGUAUUACGACACGAUUGAAUCCAAUAACAACAAAGCUAGUCUUUCGGUUUCUAGGACAAGAUGAGAUUGAGCCUUCAACCAACCAGACUUAUGGUACUCUCCUAAAGAAUCUUACAUUUAUCAAGACAUUUGCCUCCGGAAUUCUUGUUCCCAAGAUUUACAUAUGGCCAAUGGAUGAUACUCUUUAUUUACAACCUCAUACAUCUGUUGUCGCGGAUGCUCAUAAAGAAGGGCUUGAAGUUUUUGCGUCAGAUUUUAUGAAUGAUGUUCCAUUUAGCUUCAAUUACAGUUAUGAUCCAGUAACUGAGUCCUUGUCUUUCAUUGACAAUGAUGACUUCUCUGUUGAUGGUCUGCUGACAGACUUCCCAAUUACUCAAUCAGAGGCUAUAUAUUGCUUUGCUCACCAAGGCAAGAAUGCUUCAGCACAAGCGAAGCCUUUGGUUAUCUCUAAAUAUGGAGCAAGUGGAGAUUACACUGGUUGUACGGACUUGGCAUAUAAGAAAGCUAUUGAUGAUGGUGUAGAUGUACUUGACUGUCCUGUUCAAUUGGCGAAGGAUGGGACACCAUUUUGCUUAAGCUCAAUAAAUCUGAUAGAUAGCACAACAGUUGCUCAAUCAAGUUUUAGCAAUCUUACGACAACUAUUCCAGAGAUUAAGGCUGGCAAUGGAAUCUUUACCUUUAACCUGACAUGGAGCCAGAUUCAAACAUUGACACCUUCAAUAGCAAACCCCUUCUCAAAAUUCACCUUGUUCCGGAAUCCAAGGUUCAAAAAUAAUGGAAAGUUUCUAACAUUGUCCGAAUUUUUGGCCUUGUCAAAGGGGACGAGCUCUCUUACCGGUGUCUUGAUCAGCAUAGAGCAUGCGUCUUACCUUGCUGAGAAGCUGGGAUUAAGUGUAACCGAUGCAGUAAUUGAUGCCUUGAGCAAAGCUGGCUAUAAUAAUCUGACAUCCCCAAAAGUUAUGAUUCAGUCCAGUAAUAGCUCUGUUCUAAUGAAAUUCAAGGACAAACAUAACUAUGACCGUGUAUACAAGGUUGACGAGAAUAUUCGUGAUGCUCUCAACUCAGCUGUUGAGGACAUAAAGACGUUUGCCACUGCUGUGGUUGUCGGCAAGGAGUCUGUCAUUCCUGAAAAUCAAGUUUUCCUCACUGCUCUAACUGAUACUGUAGCAAAGCUACAAAAGUUUAAGCUGCCUGUUUAUGUGGAAAUCUUCAGCAAUGAGUUUGUGUCUCAAGCAUGGGACUACUUCUCAGAUGCAACCGUGGAGAUCAACUCAUUUGUCAAAGGAGCCAACAUUGAUGGUGUCAUCACAGACUUCCCUAAGACAGCUGCCAGAUACAAAAGAAAUAGAUGUUUAGGUCUGAGCGUCAAUGACACACCUGUUUACAUGAGCCCCGUUCUGCCUGGUGAUCUCCUGAAACUCAUCACUGCUGAUUACUUGCCACCAGCUGAGGCGCCAUACCCUCUCCUGACAGAAUCGGAUGUGGUGGAGCCACCUUUGCCCAAUGGUUUAGCAAAAGCCCCAACUUCAAGCACAGGUGCUGUACCAAAUGCACUUUCUCCAACUCAGCGAAACGGGCAGCCUAAGAUCGUUUCAUGCUUCUUCCUGCCAUAUCUGGCAAUGCUCCUUGCUGCUCUUUUUCUAAUUUGAAGAAUGUAACAUGCUCGCUCACUCACACUCAUCAUUAUUUUGUGAUCUUGUAUUUCCCAUCCAUUUGCGUGGAUUUCAAGUAGCUUGGAGCUUCUUUGUUUCAUGGCAACGAGGCUAGUCCAAAUUUUUCCAAACGAGCAGUGAAAUUCUUUUUGCCUUGUAACACUUUAGGUAUGUUCAUUCUUCCCCCUUGUAAUUUGAUAAUACAUUUAUUCGGGUCUGCAAUUUGUGUUUCUGAUUUGAUGUAAAAAUAUACACGAUUAUUUUUUGGUUUGCAUUAUGUGCAAGUAGUGGAGGCAAUGUGUAGGCAUUGUAUUCUCUACUGUCCCAGCAAUUUGUUGCAUA